AUGUUUGCAAAGCAGUACAGUUCCCUCAUUGCUGAAAUGGAGAGAGUCAAAAGCCUGACAAAACUGACUCCAGAGGAGAGGAAGGAGGAGGAGGUCAGGAGGAGGACGUAUGAGGAGCUGAGAGGAGAAGAAGCACAGAGAAAGAGUUGCUCAGGAGGCCCUGGAGAAGCCCCAGAAGGAAAGAGAGGAAAGAGAAAGAAAGGAAGAAAGGACAAGAAAACAGAGAGAGAAGCAUCAGGAGGAGAAGAGGAUCCAGGAGGUCAAACAGAGAGCUGAGGAGAAGAGAAAGACCUACGAGCUGAAGGCCCUGCAAGAGGCAGAGCAAGAGCAGCUGAAGCAGGAGAGGCUUCACUACAAAAAGGUGAUACAGGUGAAGGAGAAGCCUGGCAAAAGGCCCAGGUGCACCAUCGAGGACCUGAAAGAAGAGCAGAAGGCUGAGCUGUGUGGCCCGCUGAGGGUGAGAGACAGAGACAGACGUGAUCUCCUGACCUCUGAGAGAGACAGAAAGAAACUCCAGAUUGAUAGCUGGACAUAUGGGCUCAUGAAGAGUUCAUAUCUGUUGAGGUCAUUCUUAUAUCACAUGUGAAAAACAAAAAGAGGUCGACAGCUUAUCUGAGGCAGAAAUUCAGAGGUAAAGCUGUUUGAGGAGGGGAACAGAACAGUGGAGAUAUUAUUUCUGAACCUCAUUUCUGAGCGUUUAGAGGCAGAAAAACUCAAAUAAUACAAAAGAGUGAAACAGAGGAAAACAACAGAGAAAUGUUAAAAGGAGGAUUAAUGUUUAAUAGAAAGAAACAUUCAUCUGAAAGUUCAAAUGAUCAACACUCAGAUAGAGUAUCAAAGUAUAAAUACUAAUGCAUUAAUAAGCCUAUCAUUAUCCUUCUAACGGUAAAUGGAAUAUUUUUCUAUAGCAUUUGUAUUAUUUUCUUUUAUAUAGCACUUUCUCUCCUCUUCUGACCAUUCACAGCACUUUUCCAUUGUAUGUCACAUUCACAUUCAGCUAGCAGGAGCAGGUCAGGGUCAAGUGGACCUGGGAUCGAACCCUUGACCCACCAUCCGUGAGACAAUGGACUCACAGUUGAAUUCACACAGACUGACCGUGUUAACCAUAAAAUAACUCUCCCUGACAUCAACAACAUGAUUCCCUCCUGUAUUUUAGACAAAGAAAUCACAAUCAUUUUAUAUGUGGUAUAGAACUAAGCAUUGUUUAGACCAAACAAUGCUCAGUGGAGCACUGUUUGGUCUUAAAAGAGGUCUAAUAGACAUCUAAAUGUAGCCUAGAUGACUGGUCUAAAAUCAGGCUACCACAAAUCAGGCUACCACAGGUCCAAAAAUGAAAGUCUUUUAGACCAACUUUAGACCAACUUUAGACCAAAUCUAAAUCUGGGCUAUUUCUAAACUACACUGUUUAUUGCUCAAUGGCUAUCAUACUUAUUUUGGUUAAUUGGAGAUCAGUUUUGCAACUCACAGUUGCUUAUUGAAAUACAUAGUUAUUGAAUAAUGGGUUAAAGUGCAACAUCUAAAUUCUGUCCAAAAAUAUACAAAAAAUAGACGGUUAAAAUCAGGUCUAAAAACAAACCAGACGUCUAAUAGCCGUCUAUUGCCCAGUGGGAAGAAGUUUUAGUGGAUAAUGUAUCAAACUUCCAGUAAGUUGCAUAAUUUCCAACUAUCCUUCAUAAAACAGGCUCUGUGGGAGGUAUAAAGAAAGUACACAACAGUUUCAAAAUCAUGAAGUGAAAUGUUUUAGAUGUGGUAGUCAUAACAAAUCAGUGACCCACUUUAUACUUUCUGCAGAGUGAUUUCUACCUUCUUUUUGGAAAUUCAUCACACAGAUGAACCUGUAACUUAUUGAUCCAGUCUUUUCAGAGACCAGUUAUUCCCAUGAAGAUAAAAACUUGUGAUUGUGUCAUAUCUCCCUCUUUAAUACUGCGGCUGAUCUCCAGUCAGCAUUGUGAACAUUCUUCUCUUACUAAGAUAUAAAAAAGGUUUUCAGUAUCUGAGCGAGAUUGACCUACUGAAGCUGUGUGCUGUCUGUGUUUCACCCCCGUUUUAGCCAUCUCCCCCCCGGCUGUAUCGAGUGUCUGCUGCUCAGGAUGUGGUGCAACAAUUAAUCCUCAGAUUGAUUCACUUCCUAUUGAAUCGCCCCCCAAACUGAAGCUGUAAUUCAACCUGUCCUUGUUAAUCCUAGACGCUGCUUCACUCACAACACUUUUAAGGAAGAAGCGGCUAGACGUGCACCAACUGUUAAUCCAUCAAUUUAAACUCUAUUGGAGUCAGUCCUGUUUGUGUUACAGCUUAGAGUCAGUGGGAUGGUAGUAGCUCUUACGUUGAGUGUAGAGAGAGACGAUUUAUCAGACUGAUAUAAGACAUGAUGACGAGAAAGUGACUGAAAUGGUGACUUAGAGCUCCCAAAAUAUGACUUAAGCUAAAUAUAGAAGAACUAUCCUUGAGCAUACUUAAUUAAAGGGAUAGUUACUCAGCGAAUGAUGCUUUGGUUGAGUUAACCCGUCUGAAGCUGCAGCUGACAGCCCAGCUUCUGUUCUGGUCCUGUGGCCCUGUGGCGAAUACUCUGACUGCUGACAAGUAUUUCGUAAAUCAGUUCAUAAACCAAUGAAAAGUAAUGAAGAUUUCGUUUUUCCUGUUAUGAUUUAAAUAAUAAAUUGUAUAAUUAUAAACCUAUCAACAGCAACAGCAAGUUCUUUAUGUCAGCAGCUAUUUCCAAAAAGAAUCAACUGUGAGACACAAUCCAAGUGCCCACUUUUAGAUAUGAAAGACUAGCAAAAUCUCUCUCGAUCUAAUGUGACUUGUAAGUGAACAAAAAUGGCAGCUGAUGGUAUGUUGCCAUGCUAAAUGUUACUAGCUGCUGACAGAUCCAUCUUUACAGUGGUGUGAAAUCAAUUCGGGGGUGAUUCAUGGCCGCGAUGUGAUCACAGACAACAAUUCGCUCCUACUGAUUGCUACAUGUUCAAUCGCGCUUCCUACCUGCCCUGCUACAGUAAUAACCUUUGUUCUAGUCCACACCAUACACCGUAUAUACUAUGAACAACUUGGCUCCGCCUUCCGUCAUUACACGGAUUUGAAGCCGAAUUGCUCUCAUUAUUUACGGGAUUUCCUCCACUUCCAAGAACCACCACAUUCAGCGAGAGAGAGUCUCUGUGAUGACGCUCGGCUCAAACAGGGUAUCCAAUGCAAUCUUCAUAAACCAAUAGGCUGUAUCAAGUGUGAGUCAUAGAAAAUAUGAACGCCUAAUAACUUUUAAAAAUGGAGCUGUACAGAAAAAAGAGGACUUGAGCACAAACCAGUCUUACAAUAACCUGACCUAUACUACAGCAUGUCACCAGAGGCUUCAACCAGCAAGGAGCCAGACGACGUCCAUUAUACAGUCUAUGGUCUACACGCAACAUUUUUAUUUCUCAUUUCAUAAAAUGCUAAAACCGGAGGACUGUCCCUGGAAAUCAGGGUCACCCUAACUAAUGGCGUUGUUUGCCACUGUUAAAAAUGCGUAACACAACACAAAGCUGUUUUUACCCUCUUCUUUUCAUAAUCAAAUUUGUAUGGCUACCUUCAGAACAAGAAAAUAAAUGUUUGACACUUAUUCUCUUGUUCUUAUUUACAUUCAUUCUUGUUCUGUUUGACUGUGGCUUCACAUUUGUCAUAAAUGCUAUAACUAUCCUCUCAUACAAAACUUAAGUGCACAAGUCAUUAAGUUCACCUAAAUCUCGCCGCAGAAGACAGUUUAUGAUCUGCAGCUCCAGUGCCGCAAAGAUCCCUCUGCAAUUGCUUAAAAUUCAUUUUAUUCUUAACCUUUUUUCCGGUCGCACCCCAGCAGUCCCUGAAAAGAAAUAGAAGUGAUUUUUCAUCACUGUGUCCCGCAGUGAUCACUGAGCCUAUUUUCAAUGUUUUCUUUGUCAGCGCUGAAAGAGGCAGGAAAAGCAGCAAAAGACACUGCAAUGACAACAUUCAAGGUAAAAACUACAUAAUAGCAUUUCUUUUUGUUAUAUUAUGAGAAAAAGAAAAAAACUCUGGGGCUGUUAUCCAGCAGCGCUGUGGCUGCAGAAUUGAAAAUGUGCUGCAGACUUAGAUCGCCUCCGAUCACAUUUCCAUUGAUAAAGUGUUGGAGCAGCAUUUUCCAGAGUGAGAUUUCAUAUCACUGUAGGGAGAUAAUAUAUUUAUAUUAAAAGGCUCUCAGUGCAAUCAAUCUGACCUCAGGGACAUGAAAACCAAGCUUAAUAAGUUUUAUCAGCAGCAGCUUUUUGGGCCCAUAAAGGUCCUGUUCAUUACGAUUAUAGUGCAGCAUUAAAGGGCUCAGGGGAGCGCUUUGAAAUUAUGAGAACAAAUAUUCCACAACUGGGAAAUUUGUGUGGGCCUCAGUGGUGCAGAUAGUUUAAACCAGCAGCUUGUGGGGACGGUGUGCUGUGAACAUCAUUGUGCAACAUGAGACGGUAACAAUGCUAAAGCACUUCAAAGGCAGUGUGCUUGUCACAGGUUCUCUAAAAGCUCAGCCAUCCAGUCAAAAAGUGCCAGAGGGAGAAUAAACCACAAGGCUAGGCUUUGAUCUCGACAGGUCUUUUACUUUUGUUAAGAGCUUCUGAGGGAAAUGAGGAAAACAUUGUCAUCAUAUGGAAGGUUAAUUAAUGUAAACUGCUGGGAGCCAAAAUGCAGUAUUAUUUUUUUGUUGGUUUCGUACUUUUAGGGUUGAUUUAAUCCUCUGAAACACGCCGUAUCAUUUUCACACAGUGUUUCAAGAUAAAUCUGAACUUAACAGCUCGCCAUAUUUCUUAAAGCGACAUCAGAUGAAAUGAAUUUUGCAGAUUAAUCUGAAAGUAAAAAAGCUGAAUCUACCUCGAAUGUAGGGAAUAUGUGAAAGCAUAAGAUGGACAUUUUAGUUGCUACAUUGCAAAAUUUAUAAAUGAAAACAGACUCUUUUAAAAGUAAGAUUUCAGUAUUCUUUCAAAAUGCAAAUGCUGAAUGAUGUUGCUUCUUGUCUGCAGUCUAAGCCUCACAUACGAUUGCAAUUUGCAGGGAUUAAUGUAUUACACGAACAAAUUACCAUCCUCUGCAGCUUUUGUUCAGUCUGUCAGUGUAACAGCUGAGCCGUUCCCUUCUUAAAAUUGUCCGACACAAAAGUUAGAAACUGAGAGCUGCUUAUUUUCCUCAUCACUGUAUUCAUGCACCGUCAGGUAAAUAUGUGAAACUGGAUAAGCAGAUAAUCCUCUGCAGGAGGGGAGCUUGUGCUCUUACAAUAGCACCUGUGCUCGGCUUUUCCUGUUUGUUCAGAAAGCAGAAGUUGUAUCGAUUCCUGAGAUGACAAAACAUUACUGCGAGUUCUUUGAUGUGAGAAACCAUUCGGGGCUUUUCCUCAGCUCUGGACCUCUUUAGCUCCACAGCUCCUGACAUUAAGGAGAGUUAUGGUGUCGCACACUUAGAUUAUAGCCUGAAAAGACAAACAUAAUAAGAGCGGUGUGUUCUCUAGCAGCAUAAAGGUGAUUAAUGAGUAAACAGGGCAGUAUUUUCACUCUUGGAGAAGUUUGCAAUUGUUUCACUCGUGCAGGAACAAAGAUGUUUGAGGAUUAUACUCGAUGAAUAGCGAAAUCUAGCAAAGCCUUCUAAAUAUAAUAUGCUAACUGCUUCCCUCAGCAAAGCAAAAUGUGCAUUACAGUGACUUCCCCACCCAUAAACCUGAAAAUAAACAUGAGAGGGAGCGAUCACGUUUACAGCUUGUUCUCGGCGUGAUAAUGAGAGCCCACUGAGUCAAUCAGCAGAAAACUAACACGCCGCCGGGCGUCUCCCGCUGAGGCCCCCAGCCUCCUCUGAGCCCUGAUUCUAAAUUCUCGACAGUGUUGACUCAUUUAAAUAUGACGGAUGCUCCUUUCCCCUGACACGGCGGUCCUCAGACACUUGCAGGAUGAUUUGAGACGCUGUAAAGGAAAUCGAGCGUACGCACUCACAUCUCUGGGUACAGUUUGAAGUCACUUCCUGCUGCUGUUUGCACAGUGAGGUGCUCCGGGGCUUUUUUUGAAGGUUUUGUUGGAAAACGUUCAUUUUGUCUAUUUCAUUGAGCAGGAGGUGGUACCAUUAGUGUCCCAGUGAUAACUCUAAGUAAUAAUGUCCCUAUUGUGUUUUAGAAUAGAUGUAACAUGAGGGUGGGGAAAAGUUGAACACAGCUGCAUAGCCAUUUUGCCAUUUUUGAAGUCUUGUGCAUCUUUUUUUUCAGUGAUUUGAAACUUCUUUGUACUGACUAUCUGACUUUGAGGUCUUUGUUUGACUCUUGCAAAUCGGCAUCUCUCUCUUUUGUAGUCAUUUCAUUUCUCUUUGAAGUUGUUUUGCACAUCACUGUGUUUAUAUCAGGCCUUAUGGUCAUUUGACAUCUGCUGUUGUCUAUUGAAUGUCCUUUAAAAAAAAAAAAAAGGUGCCUCUUUAUGUUAUUUUGCAUGUCUUUGAUGGUUGAUUGUUGCCUCCCUGCAGCCAUCCUUUUAUCAUUUCAUUGUGGAUCUCACAUUUGUUACAACUUCACAGUGUUGCAGUUUCAUUAAACAGUUUCAAAGUACAUCUGACAGGGGUGUGAUGAGCAUAACUGAACAAGGCAGGAACAAGCUAUAUGAUGAGCUGACUCUAAUGGCUAGGGGUAGAAUAGAUUUGAAUAAGGGAGCCUUUUUUGUUUCUGUUUGCAAGCAACCAGCAAGGUUUUGUACUUAGCAGCAACUUAAAAGACAGUGACAGGAUACAAAACGCUGAUUUAAGUGAGGUGGAGUUGUGCGUUGGUUUAAGACCAGUCGAGCUGCUGGAAUCACCUGCAGAGGAUGAAAUGUGCAUGAAGGAAGCACCUGCCAGUAAGGAGUUGCUGUAUGCUACAAGAUCCUGUGUGAGGAGCUGUGUUGCAUGCUCUAAUAUCCAAGUUGGAUAUUGAUCUGAUUUACUCUCAGCGUUGUUUUAGUUGUUCAACAUCUUUUUUGGAUGUUUUGUCCUCUUUGCUGCACUUUGCAGUCGUUGAUUUAUUUAAAACAUUAAAUAGGGUGACCAUAUUCUCAAUCCCCCCCAAUCCCCAGGUCAGACAUCCCCGACAGCCUCCCAAAAAAGAGGACAUGUCCGGGUAAAAGAGGACACAUGGUCACCCUACAAAAUCUUAAUGAGUCACCUCUAACUAAAGGUUUUUGUGCCAGAGUCCUUCUUCGGUAACCUGCUGGACCUAAUAAGAAAUGCAUAAAUAUGUAUUCUGACAAGCUAACCACCCACCAGGAGGGCAUCCAGAGGUCACAGCAGCAGUUUUUAACUAAACAAGAAAAUCAUUUACCCAUGCCCUCUCCCAAAUGCCCAUAAAUAAAGCUAUCUCACUUCUCUGCCCCCACGAUAUAAUACUUCUCAUGUUGUUAUUGUUACAGGAAGUCAUUCCUGAAGAUCCUGUUAUAUUUCACCGUUCUGAUGCCACAUGGAUCGCUGUGCAGGGCUCAAAUAAGAGUGAUGAGGAUACAACAGGAGAUAACUAA